AUGCCCAAGAUCACUCUCGACUCGGCGGAUAUCAACCCGCCUGAUACUGAUGCUCGCCGACAGUACAUGAAUGUUUUCUUUGGAAAGCUUCCCAUCUCGCGUGAUCUCAUACAGGAGGCACGUGUCUCGGCCGUCGUGCUUCAGACCAAGCAUCUUGCUGGGCGGGGGCUCUGUGAAGUCAGUGAGGUUUACUUUGAGUAUCAUGUCGAUGUCACCAUGUGGGAGCUUAUCGUGAAACGCCUCAUGAUCAGCAAGAACAACCCAUGGCCUUGGAAUGUUUCACUGGAUGAGAACGACCUGUCGCAGGGCGCCCGGCCAGUUUUCAGGGAGUGGUGGCAGUAUCAGGCCGAUCGUCGCUCGCACCAAGGUCCUGCCCCUCAAUCCCAUGCUGAGACUGAGCAAAUGGCUUUUGAAGCAUUCCAGAGAGCCAAAGAAUUCGAUCUUGAGGGCUUACGUCUCAACCUCAUCGCCAGGCAGUGGCCUUCCGAGGGUGAGACACCGCCCCGGGACUUCUACAGCGACAGACCUCAGAUAUCUGGCGGCCGUAUUCGCGCGAAUGAUCCCAGUGAUCUCCCACACGCCUCAGAUGGUUGCUUUGUUGCCCCAAGGCUAAACCAGAGUGCCUCCUGGACCCAGCCUACAAAGCUCGAGGACACAGAGGUUGGCCGAAAGAUCAUGGAUAGAUUAUAG